GUGCGUCCCAGAACCCUUUGCAUUUGUUUUUGUUUCAGUCGGGAAGUUAAAAGAGUUGCUCCCUGAUAGCAGAGUUCAAUCGAAGUAAGCCAGCUUCGUCAAAUACAGCUGAAGUUAUAUUUUUGCUUUGAGAUAUUUUUCACUGAACUUUGCCAUUUUUUGUUUUUAGUAGUUUUUAUUUAGACCUCGUUUUUUCGUGCGAGUGUUAGCAAUGGCGCUAAAACAUUUGCGGACACUGACACCACUUUUAAGGUUUAAUUGUCAGAGUAAAACAUUUGGAAGAGACUCUAUAAAGACGAUUUUAGUUCCAGUAAAAUCCUACAGCGCUCAGCAUGGAGGCGAAGACACGGGAAGAGCUGCAGGUCAGACUGUGGUCUCGGAGAGAAGGGGAUCCGUGGUUACUGUGGCAAUAAACCGGCCCGAGGUGCGUAAUGCGGUGAACCAGGAGACAGCGAGGCGUCUGCUGGAGGAGCUGAAGGCCUUUGACAGUGACCCAGGUUUGAACGUGGCUAUCCUGCAUGGGAAAGGAGGGAAUUUCUGCGCUGGUUAUGAUCUGAAAGAGCUGGCCAAUCACGCAGGCCCCUCCAAAUUGGAGCAAGAUGUCACUAAGGGUCCUGGUCCAAUGGGCCCGUCCCGUUUACAGCUGUCAAAGCCGCUGAUAGCAGCAGUGAGUGGUUUCGCCGUGGCUGGAGGGUUGGAGCUGGCUCUGCUGGCAGAUCUGAGAGUGGUGGAGGAGAGCGCCGUCAUGGGAGUGUUCUGCCGCAGGUUUGGUGUUCCCCUGAUUGAUGGAGGCACAGUGCGCCUCCCACGUCUAAUUGGUUUAUCAAGAGCACUCGACCUGAUUCUGACUGGACGGCCAGUUGGAGCACAAGAGGCUCUCGCAUAUGGACUGGCCAAUAGAGUCGUUCCUGAUGGCCAAGCUUUACAGGCGGCGCUGGAUCUAGCAGAGCAGAUCAGCUCCUUCCCUCAGCAGUGUCUGCGAGCCGACCGUGCUUCAGCCAUGUACGGCUGCUACGACGCUCCAUCUUUCACACAGGCCAUGCAGUAUGAAAUCGACCAUGGGAUUCCUGUCAUCCAAGAAGAAGCUGUUGCCGGGGCACUCAAAUUUACUUCUGGAGUAGGAAGAGGAGGAAAGUUCUCCUAGGAUUUAGCUUGCACUAACCUUAUGAAGUGUGACUUCAGGUGAUCCAACACAUCCUGCUGCACACUUUCAAACUUUUGUCCACAAGUUGAAAGUAGUUUUUUUUAUGUCUGUACUCACUUCCUAUCUGCUUUAAAAGCAAUUACAUUUACAGUGAAAUCCAAUAAUUAAGCUCAAUUUCAAAGAAAUCAACUAAUGAUAAUAUCUUUCUACCACUAAUAUCGCCUUUUGGUUUAAAAUUUAGUAUGAUGUGAGUUGCACUUGUGAGCAGCUCAGUAGAGCGGUGGCUGUCAACAAGUUUUUGAAAAUUACUGCACUGUCUCCAGACAUAAUUUUAGAGUUGGUGUUAGUAAUUUGAAAUACACAAAGUGCACAUGCUGCACGGCCCACUUUCUCCCUCAGUGAUGUUUUCAGAUGUUUAUGAGGGGACUUUGACUUUCAUUUCUCAAUGUAAAACACACCUAUCCCCUAAACUAAAUUCAAAGAUGUCAUAUGAAAGCAACAUAUAAUGUUUACUUUUAAUAAAAUGAGAGCUUCCCUGAUUUUCUCAGUUGUCUCUGACACCCUGUGGACUGAUUUCUACGUAAAGGACAAAUUCGCAACCAUCUGGCAACCAAAAUAUGAAUAUAUGACCCUGACUCUUUGGCAAAUGGUUGCUGGAGAUUGAUGGCGGUCGCUGGGAAUUCAGUUGUCCCAAGCACACAGGCCUAGAGACCAGUCAGUGAGCCUCUGAGAACCACUCAUCGCUGGGAAAAAACAUGUUAGCUGAAGCGCAGAGGGACAACUUUUGCUUUGAAGGCAAAUGUUCUCUGUUUCAAGUGUGUA